AUGUUCCUCCAGUGGCUUGUUCUGGUCACCAGUGUCACCCUGAUCUCGGCAGGAUCUUCUUCAGAGCGAAUUGUGGGUGGCUACCCUGUGGAAAUUUCACAGGUUCCCUGGCAGGCGUCUCUCCUAUAUUCAGGCAAUUACAUUUGCGGUGCUGUUAUCUAUAGCGACAAGAUCGUUAUAACGGCAGCCCACUGUCUCGACCGUCCCUUUGAUGUACUUUAUUCCGUCAGAGUUGGAUCAAAAUAUAAGUUCGAUGGAGGACAACACGUAAAGGUUGCAGGAAUACGGAAGCAUGAAGACUACCGAGAAUAUAAAAAAAUCUAUUUUUUUAACGAUAUAGCCGUAAUUCGACUGGCGGACAGUCUUAUUUUUAAUACCAACGUAAGACCGAUCCCACUGGCCGAUAGUGAACCCGCAGCUGGAACUAAAGCCUCUGUUUCCGGUUGGGGAGAAAUCGGAUUAUUCGGAAUAUCACCUUCUUUCCUAUUAGAGACCUCAGUGGGAUUAGUAGACCCGAAUUACUGUCGGCGAUCCUAUCGAUACCUGACCAAAGCCAUGAUCUGCGCCGCCGCUCUCGGAAAGGAUUCCUGUCAAGGAGACUCCGGAGGACCACUCGUCUCCGGUGGCCAACUGGUUGGCAUUGUCUCCUUUGGCUACGGCUGCGCAAAUCCUUUCUUCCCCGGAGUCUACGCCAAUGUGGCUCACCUGAAACCUUGGAUCUUAAAUGCUAUUAAGCAGCUUUAA